UAUGAGAAUUUCACAAAAAGUCACAAACAUUAAUUCACAGCUGUUCUGGAGACUAAAGUUUUGGCCUGCAACAUCGAUAAAGUCAUUGCAAUAUUUGUUUUCAUGCGAAGAAAUUAGGAAAAACCGAACUACGUUUCUGCUGUGGUGACCUUGACCUUUUCAGUUUACAAGAAGAAAUCGACAUGUUGUCUGCUAGCUGCAUCACCUUGGCAAGAUGUGUUCCCAAAUCUGGAUUAAUGGGGACAAUGGCUGCUCGUUUAACACACUCGCUUCCAGACCUGCCAUACGAUUACAAUGCCCUUGAGCCAUAUAUUUCGGCAGACAUCAUGAAAUUACAUCAUGACAAACAUCAUAAAACGUACGUCACAAAUCUAAACAUAGCAGAAGAGAAAUUAUCUGAAGCUGUUGCCAAAAAUGAUGUGAAUACAUUCAUUAGUCUUCAGCCAGCAUUAAAAUUCAACGGUGGAGGUCAUAUAAACCAUUCGAUCUUCUGGGAAGUUCUUAGUCCAAAUGGUGGUGGAGAGCCAUCAGGCGAUUUAAUGGAUAUAAUUAAAAGGGAUUUUGGAUCUUUUGAUGAUAUGAAGAAAGAGUUAUCGGGGGCUGCUGUGGGAAUUCAAGGAUCAGGUUGGAGCUGGUUAGGAUUUAAUCCUGUUAGCGGAAGGUUACGUGUUUCGGUUUGUGCUAAUCAAGAUCCACUUGAAGCUACUACAGGUUUAAUUCCCUUAUUUGGUAUUGAUGUUUGGGAGCAUGCCUAUUAUCUACAGUAUAAGAAUGUCCGACCAGACUAUGUUCAAGCUAUUUUUAACAUUGCUAAUUGGAAGAAUGUUGCAGACAGACUUGCAGAGGCAAAAAUAGCCUCAUGAGAGUUUUUUUUUAAAAAUGGACAAGAGUAACAUUUGGGUAAUAAAAACCAUCUAAUUGGUUCAUUAAUAAAUUUAAUAAAUAAUUUCAUUAGGUUGGCCUGAAUUAAAACACAUUAAAUUUGCUCUAUGGAGGAUAAAUUUUGUGAAAAAGUAUAUGGUGUGAUUGCAAUAUAUAUUAAACCUUUGUGCAGAUUGAGCUUUCCAUACAUUGUCAUUAGGAAUUUGUGUCCACUAAUCCUAAUUCAUAAAUAAUAUUUACAUGGCAAGUUACCAAAGAUAUGUUGAUUUUUUUGCCCAAAUGAUAUAUAUGUUCCACUUCUAGUAUAACAAGUGCUUAACAGAGUUUUGUAAUCUAAACCAUGUUUAUUAAAUAAUGGAAAAUAUACAAAUUAUAUAAUGUCUCAUAUUUCAUGAUCUUGUUAAUUACCUAGGUAUUAUAUAAAAAAAUUAAUCUAAUUUGAUAAAGAAUCUGAUUUUUAGAUUGAUUGUUUAGGUUAGAAAUACUUAUUUAGGGUUUUGUUUUUGUUUUAGUAUGUUUGAUAAUGCUUGUGUGAAGGUGUGGCUGGGGGUGGAUUUAAAAUAAAAUACUGAUUUGCAAACAUAACUUGAAAAGAUCUUUAAUUUGGUGUUACAAUAAAAAGUUAUUAUCUAUAUCACUGUUUAGUUGUAACAAGAAGAAUGUGCACACACAACUUGAAAAGAUCUUCGAGUUGAUGAAAUAAUAAAAUGUUAUUAUCUAUAUCACUGUUUAGCUGUAACAAGAAAAAUGUGCAAACACAAUUUGCAAAGAUCUUCGAGUUAUUGAAAUAUGGAAAUUUAUUUCUUUAUAUCUUUGAACUUAGUUUUAAAUUGAAAUUAUGAUGUCUUUAAAGAUCACCGGAAAAGCUUCAUAAUUGUUUUAAAUAAUGCAAGUAAUUAUGUCAACAUAUCCUUUUAUAAGUAUAACACAAAACCGAAUGUCAAUAUUACCUGCAACAGGUAAAUUUCAUGUUAGCAAUUUCCGCUGUUCUGCGAAAGUAGUCAUAAAUUUCCGCCAAUAAACAAUCUGUGACGUCAUUUUAGUCCUUCUGCUCAUAGAAAUAUAGACUAGAAUAUGAGCAGGACUAAAAUGACGUCAUAGGUUGUUUAUGGACGGAAAGUUACAACUACCCACAGAGAAAGUCAGAAAUUACUAACGCUGUAAUUUACCUGUUGUAGGUAAUAGUGACAUUCGGGUUUGUGUUAUACUUAUGGAAAGGAUAUGUUGACAUAAUUACUUGCAUUAUUUAAAAAAAAAAAUGAAGCUUUUUCGGUGACCUUUUAAAGGAAUUUAGUGAAGCAUUAUCUAUAUAAUACAGACAACCAAGUUUAUUAAUUUCAAUGUGUCAAUGAGGGUACUAUUCAAGCAUUUAUAAAAUUAUGAUGUAAUUGUGUACAAAACCAAAAAGUUAUUAUUAUCAUUAUCCCUGUUGUAACAAAAAUCUUGAAAGUUUUAGAAUGAAGUUGGAUGUCAGUAUUGCCAGUAAUUUUGGUGAAGAGGUACUUAGAGUAAUUAAUUCACUUGUUUUCUUUUUCUUGUUAUUAUGAAGAGUGAGGGUUAGAUUGUCACAUGGUCUGUGCUUUUGAUCACAAGGUUUGUCAUUGAGUCCUGUGGUUUUUCCCUGAAUCAUCUGGUUUCCUUACAGUGUUAAAGACCCCUACGAACAAGCCAAUUAUUGAAAUAAAAUUGUACCAUAUGUUGGUCCUGAAAUGACCUAGUUUGUGUCAGUGGAUGUUAAAACUCUCUCUUUCUCUCUCUAAUAAUAACAGAGGGAGAGGGUUUAACAUCCACUCGACACAAACUAGGUCAUUUCGGGACUAACAAAUGGUUCAAUUUUAUUUCACAAAUUGUCUUGCACAUAGGGGUCUUUAGCAGUGGGAGGAAGCCGGAGGAAAUCGGAGAAAACCCACGAGGUUGGAUAGGUGACCGUACUCCUUGUCACAUUCAAGCGGGGAAUUGUUAUUAUGAAGAUAGAUUUACAGGCAAUAUGACAGGUUUAUAUAAAUGGAAUUAAGUUUUAAUCCAGAAAAAUAAAAACUUUGAUAAUUA